CCCGCGGUGCCGAAAGGAGGCAGGUCUCGCUCGUCGGGAGAACGACGCGACGACUCGUUGCUAUGGGCGUGACCUCGAGACUCCUCCAGGUGGCGCUGCAGAUGGCAGUACUUGCGCAUUCGCCGUCUGUGGCUGCUGGAACUCUGGCCGGCGUGGUGGGCGGGAGGCUGAGAGUGAGCGCUUCCGUCAGACUCGCCGCCGAGAGUGUGGAGGGAUUGCUGGACACUGCCCUUAGCGGCCAUACCGUCUUCGUGUAUUCUUCUCUCGACGAGAGGGAUUUGGAUUUCCUUGCGGCAACUUUGCGCCAGAAAACGUCUUCACUUUCAGUCUUCAACCGAAGAGAAUGGGACAAGCUAUUCUGGGCUCCCGUCAUAGAAAACGGAGGGGUUCGCCAUAAGACCAAUAAUUUAGUUAUAUUUGGAGUGACAGAUUUUAUGUACAUGAGACAGCUGAUAUGUCAAGUUCAUAUCUUUAUCAUAUCAGUUUGUUUUGAAUCACUGGACGUAAUAUUACAUGCGUCAAAAAUCAUAUGAAUAUAUAAAAAAUAUGAACUGUACAGGCCAGCAUAACUCAAUAUGUGAUAUAACAAUAUAGAAUAAGCAUUAAACCGUGUAAGUUAAAAUUAUUUAUAACUGACUGAACUUGUAAUUACUGAUAUAUA